AUGCCGAGGUCAAGGAGGAGACAAACGGCCAAGGCACCACUCCUCUUCCUCUCCUCUCUCGCCCUCCUCCUCCUCGCAGCACCCCUAGCCCGAGCCGACGUCGAAAACGACUUCAGCCUCUACCCCUCCGCCGCCCAGCCAUGUCUCGAAGAAGCCGACGAGCAGAGUAGUUGUCAGGGGGAUACGGUCGAGGAGAUGAACGACUGCCUCUGCUCCAACCGCCGCAACUUCGUCACCCAUGCCGCCCGCUGCCUCGGCGCCCGAGUCCCCGCCACCCUCCGCAUCGUCUACAGCACGAUGGAGACCAGUUGCGACGACACCGACACUCCGCUCUCCCUCGACGAAGACGAGUUUAUGCAGAUCGGCGCCGCGGCUUCUUCCAGUUCCAACGUGGCCGGUCCGUCGUCCACCACUACCGACAUAUCCUCCUCCUCCUCCUCCUCUUCUUCCCACGCAUCUUCAACCUCAAUAAUACCGACGACAUUAUCCUCCGCAUCAUCCCCCACAUCGUCCCCUCAGUCCACCACCAGCAGUACACCCACCACCACCGCCGACGCCGUCGCAGAAGUCGAGGAAGACAACGACGAAACCCCACCGCUCUCCACGGGCGCCAUGGUGGGAAUCAGCGUCGGCAGCGCCGCAGGUGUAGCCUUCAUCCUCGCCACGUUCAUCAUCGCGUGGAAGAAAGCCCGUCGAAACCGCGCAGCCCACGAUGAAGCCCGCCCCAUGCUCGACAUCGCCGGAGGGGCAGGUGGGGGCGGAGGAGGAGCAGCACCAUGGAAUACGAGCCCCGGGAUUGGUUCCGACGGGGGGAAAAGCGGCGACGGCGUAUAUCCGAGCGCACCACCGCAGGAUUGGAAAGCCGCCGAUGGGAAACCGGGCUGGAGGCCAGCGAGUCAGAGCCCGGCGUCUGGGCUCGUGUUCCCGGGUGGUUGGCCACCGCAAGACGGGGGCUGGGAUGCUCAGCAUUCACAACAGCAGCAGCAGCAGCAACAUGGUGCGUGGGGGUAUUAUCCGGGUCAGCCGUGGCCUGGAUCCCCGGCGGGAGGACCGCAGCAAAAGCAGCCACCGAAACAAGCACUAGGGCCUGUCGCGGAGCUUUCCUCCGAGAACGAGCAGCCCGGGGUAGGCAACCCCGGCCCUGACGCGGGCUUGUACGAGCUUGCUUCUAUGCCUGCCGCUGUACAACUGCCGAAGGAACCGGUUGAGAUACCGGGGUCCCUGGGACGUUUCACGGAGUCGCGGCCGCCGCCUCAGUCCCAGUCAGCUCAGCCGGGAUUACCAUCCCACUCCCCAUGGGGGAGAUAA